AUGGUUGAAAAAAUUAAAGUUGUCAAUCCAAUUGUUGAUAUGGAUGGUGAUGAAAUGACAAGAAUUAUUUGGAAAUUUAUCAAGGAUAAAUUGAUUUUCCCGUAUUUAGAUAUUGAUUUGAAAUAUUAUGAUUUAAGUAUUGAAUAUAGAGAUGAAACAGAUGAUCAAGUCACUAUAGAUUCAGCAAAUGCUACUUUAAAAUAUGGUGUCGCUGUUAAAUGUGCUACAAUUACUCCUGAUGAACAAAGGGUUAAAGAAUUUAAUUUAAAGAAAAUGUGGCUCUCUCCAAAUGGUACUUUAAGAAAUAUUUUAGGUGGUACUGUUUUUAGAGAACCGAUUGUCAUAGAAAAUAUUCCAAGAAUAGUUCCAAGUUGGGAAAAACCAAUCAUAAUUGGAAGACACGCUUUUGGUGAUCAGUAUAAAGCAACUGAUAUAAUAGUACCUGAUGCUGGUCAAUUAAAAUUGGUAUAUACUCCUAAGGAUGGUGGUGAACCUGUUGAAUAUCCAGUUUAUGAUUUUGAUGGUCCCGGUGUAGCUUUAUCAAUGUAUAAUACUGAUCAAUCUAUUCAUGAUUUUGCUGAAUCAUCAUUUAAAUUAGCACUUGAUCGUAAAUUGAAUCUAUUUUCCACUACAAAAAAUACUAUAUUGAAAAGAUACGAUGGUAAAUUUAAAGAUAUAUUUGAAAAUUUAUAUAAUACAAAAUAUAAAACUGAAAUGGACAAAUUAGACAUUUGGUAUGAACACAGAUUAAUUGAUGAUAUGGUUGCACAAAUGUUAAAAUCAAAAGGUGGUUAUAUAAUUGCAAUGAAAAAUUAUGAUGGUGAUGUUCAAUCUGAUAUCGUUGCUCAAGGUUUUGGAAGUUUAGGUUUAAUGACUUCUGUUUUAAUGACUCCAGAUGGUAAAGCUUUCGAAGCUGAAGCUGCCCAUGGUACUGUUACUCGUCAUUAUAGACAACAUCAACAAGGUAAAGAAACAAGUACAAAUUCAAUUGCAUCAAUUUUUGCUUGGACAAGAGGUAUUAUUCAAAGAGGUAAAUUAGAUAAUACUCCAGAUGUAGUUAAGUUUGGUCAAGAUUUAGAACAAGCUGUUAUUGAUACUGUUGCAAAAGAUGGUAUAAUGACAAAAGAUUUAGCUUUAGCUCAAGGUAAAACUGAUAGAUCAUCAUAUGUAACAACAGAAGAAUUUAUUGAUGCUGUCAAAAACAGAUUAGACAAGAAUUUAGGUCAUUAA